CAGUUGUGACUUGUACGAGUUUUCUUUCUUCCUCCAAGCGGCAAGCCCCACUUUGCUCUCAAUUAAAAAAAAAUCGUCUCGAAACCGCCGGCGACCGCCCUCACUCACCACCUGAAAUCUUCCGGCGAGUUUAAUCACAGCCCACCAAUUGGCCCCUCUUCUGCCGCCGUCGAGCCGCCAUGUGAAAGCCUUGCUCCCGUUUUUUUUUUUUUUUUUUUCGUUUUCCAAUAGUUUGAUUAACCCCGUGGCAUCGGACUUCGCCGUGCGUCACCUUCGGCCUUCAGCCCGACCAUCGGAGCACAGUUUAUCUGUGGACUGUAUUCAAAGUUGCUGCUUCCGGAAACUCCAACUUGAAGGCACGAGCACCUAAUCAAUAGCUGGCUAGCUUACGCCUCUUGCUUCGACGUUGGUCCACAUUUCAGUAAGCCUUUUUUGCACUCUUGACAAAAAUUCCAGAGAAAAAUGCCGUCUCUUCAAACAGCAUUACCCCCUGAGCUCGCCAACAAUGCUAUCAGGCUUUAUCGUGAAUGCUUGAGACGAGCUAAAUAUAUUGGCCAAAAGAAAUACAAUACUGAACUUCUUACUGGUAUGGUUAGAGAGCAGUUCAAAAAGCACAUGCACGAGACAGAUCCAGAGAAAAUUCAGAAUCUCAAGGAUGAUGCUGCGAGGGGAUUGAUAAACCACAUGCUAUACGAGUCUGAGAACUUGUCUGGGAGAAAAUUCAGCAAAAGCUCGUCAACCUAAUUCGCAUCUCAACUUUGAACGUUUACCUGAUAAUUAAUUAGUGCCCAACCCAAGUUUUGGUAUUACAGAAGCUUUUGAUGAGACGGAUUUCUGUGUUGUUCAACACGAGGCGUGCUCUUGAAACUGGUUUUAUGCAUAAAUUGCGAGAAGGGAUUUUUGGCUCUUAUUGAAUUUGUUAUGUGUGGCAUCUUUGGGUUCAUCGGUGCAGAAACUGUGCUUCUUGCAAAAUGGAUUUUUACAUUCAUUAAUAAAAAAAAUUGAACAAUGGGUUUGCUUCUCGUUUUGUCAGUAGAAAAUGCUUAAGAAAUGGGUACAAUUUCAAAUGUAUUAAAAUGAAUUUUUUUUUUAAUCA